GAAGGGCAUUGUUGGUUAGAAGGAGAUCAUAUUGGACAUUCUUUGGAUUCUAACACUUUUGGGCCAAUCUCCCUUGGUCUUGUGACAGCAAAAGCGACACAUAUAGUUUGGCCACCAAGUAGAUGGCAGCCAUUGCAUUCUAUAAGAUCCAAUUAUGAGAGCUGUUAGUUUUGUAAAGAAGUUCCAAUGGGACUUACCUGGUACUGUAUGCAGACAUGGAUUGACAAUAGGAGAUGUUGAUAAUGAUGGUGAUAAUGAAUUGGUUGUGGGUACUGCUGAAGGAGAGCUUUAUAUUUUCAAAGGAUCGGAGCUAUGGCAAAAGAUUACAGGCCUUGGUCUUAUAACUAGUGUGGCAGUUGGAGAUAUCUUUAAUUAUGGACGUAACGCGCUUGUAGUCAUUUGUGGUGAUGGAUGGACACAUAUAUUUUAUAGUCCCAGAUCUGUCAAUCCCAAUAAUUCAAACAUGUCCAUAGGCCAACAUGUUGGCAAAGAUACAUGUGAUCAAGAUAACUUCAAAACAAGCUCUGAUGUUGGAGCAGGUAUUAACACAACGAACUGUCAGAACUCUGAACAGAUCGACAAUAGUGAAAUGAAUGAAUUGUCCGGGAAAAUGGAAUGUGUACACGUACAAAGAAUCCCGACUAACACGAAGAUAGUACUGAUAGCUGAUGUCGAUAAAGAUGGUGCAAAUGAGAUGAUUCUUGGUCUAACGGAUCGUGUUGUCCGAUCUUAUAGAUGGUCGAGUAAUGCUGAUUUAGGAACGGGGAAAUUAGUUGGCUUGAAUAAAUGGGAAUGCACCAAUCAGAUAGGAACAGUUACACUGCAACAUACCGGUGAUGGCACGCCAACUUUAUUGGUCGCACAACCAGGUGGUACAUUUAUGCGAAUUAAAUGUAAUCCUGACGAUUGCCAUAUGGAGAACGGCUCCUGCGAAAUGAGCAGCGAGGUAGCAGCCAGCUGCGUGGAUUAUCAGACAUUAGGGAUAUCUAGAAUGCGCAAUCAAAAUAUCUCAACGGAGAUCAUUGGCGAUUUAGAGCCGGGAUCUGUGCCAUUUAUUUCGACUUUCGAGCCUAAAAUGUCUAGUUACGAGCCUAAAGAUAACCUCCCGAAGCAGGGUUUUGUGGAUGACAGUCAGUUAGGUAUGAAAACUUUUAAAUCUGUAUCGCGACAUGAGUUUCGAAGAAAUUAUUCGCAACCCGAGAUUAGAAAAAACAGUUCAAAUACGGCGAGUGAAUUUAGUAGGGAAUUUAGAGCAGAUAGUCAGGGAACGAUUAGGUUUUAUAGCACUGCUGAUUCAUCCAGUGUUGAUGAAAUAGAUGGCAAUUCUAUUGGUGGAAAAGUUAUUCUAGGAGACUUUGAUAGCAAAACUACCAAAGAUUCAUUGUUACCGACCUUUAAGGAAUUCUCUCGGAAUAAUAUUAGUAGAAGCGUUAAUAAUAACGAUGGUAGCGAUACCGCUGAUGUGAAACAAUGCGAGAAGAAAGAUGACGAUGCGAACGACACAAUGGCUGAUGGAGGCGCUCCGAGGGGAAAACCGUACGCGUUAGCAACGCUCGACGGAACCAUCAUGUUAGUGCAGGAUGAAGUCAUUUUGUGGGCAAUGCAAGUGGAUCACCAGAUAUUUGCUCUGUGUCGAUUGGAUGUCACAGGUAACAAUGCGGAUGAGAUAAUCGCCUGCGCUUGGGAUGGUCAGACUUACAUUCUGGACCAGCAACGACACAGCGUGCGCUUUCAGUUCGAAGAACCGGUUAGAGCUUUCUGCACGGGGAAUUACAACGUGAAUCCGGGAACAUCCAGCCCCUGCCUAGUAUACAAUACCUUCAACAACAAGAUUUUUCUCUACUAUGAUGUUACCCUGCCAAGUAUGACGGUCAGUCCUUUGAAUCCUACGGAGGAUCUCGAGUCUGAUCAAAUACAGCUCCUCGACAAAUUGUUAGGCGAGUGUAGUGUUGGCGAGAGACAACAGAAAAUGCAACAAUUAACUGAGUGGUUAUUAUAUGGCGGCUGUUAGUGUAUAGAAGACAAAUGUUACAUAUAUUGUAGAAAAUUACACUUAUAACGUCUUUAUGGAAUUAACCUUUAAACUGUAACGUUAAAAAAAAUCACACGAAUGGUAAUGAUCGGUCUCACAGACCGCUAUUACAUUUCCUCUAAUUUUUGAAGUUCUUUAUAAUGAAAGAUGUAUGUUUUCAAUUAUUCUGAAUAGGUAGGUGGGAAGAAAUGUUUUAAUAUGAGGGUGAUAAAAAAUCUCAUAUAUAAAUGACAAAAUAUAUUUAAAUUGUGAUAAGCGUGUUUUAUAAACUGUGAAUUUAAAUUUGAAACUAAACAAUAUUUUCUUUUAAUAAUGAUUAGCAAACAAAAUUAAACGAACAAAAACGAAAAAUAGUAUAAAACUAUAUUUUUUAAAAACUGUCUGAACUUUCAGAUCUGUUUGUUGGCGUACCAGUUAAGCAGUAUACGCACAUUUUCCGCGAGCAUUGUAAACAAAUCGGUGUCUCACACUUUGCAUAUUUGUACAGUUUUUCGUUUGAAUUUGUUUUAUAAUGUGCAAGUUUUUCUUUUUUCGAGAACGUCGGUUGGCACAUUAUGUGCCUGUGGCUUACUUACUGGCUUUAAAAUAUCUUUUACAUUCAAAUAUAUCUAUAAAAAUCACAUUCAUCUACAUAUUUUUUUUACAUAUUUAUUUACAUAUUUUACCUCCUAAUAGUAGCUAUAAUACUGAUAUACUAUUAUAUUUUAAGGGUAGAGAAAUUUUUAUAGUAUAGCAUUUUACUGCGAAAAAAGUAACGUAAAUGGUAAACACCGGUCUGUGAGACCACUAUAAUUUUUUAACCGUCUCGUAUUAUACGUUUCUAGUGAAUGAAAACGGGACCACCGCAGGGUUUGGUGAAAGCACAUGAGAUACGAAGGUAGUAUAAGUUAAGACUGCCUUUUGCAGAUGUCAAGGAAGUUAUUGAUAAGUAAAAUUUUAAUAGCAGUCUGUGAGAUCGACAUUACAGUUUAAAGGUUAAAUAUAAGUAUUCCAAUGUGUGUGCGUAUAUCGUAGAAGAGCAUAUGAGAAGUCACUGUUUUUUAAAUCUUUAUUAUAUCGAAUGUUAUUAUAUCUAUUGUUAUUAUAUCUAUUGUUAUAUCGAAUCUGAUCAACAAAGAGUACUUAUCUAGACGCUCA